GGUCCUCCGGACGCCAGGCGCCGCUGCGGAGCGGGCGGGGCGCAGCGCGGCGUGUUUAUAUUCGGCGGGGCUUCGCCGCUGCCCGGGGUCGGGGACGUCCGCGCCAUGGAUACCUGCGAUCUGUUCUCCAGCUGCAGGAAGGGGGACGUGGGCCGAGUGCGGUACCUGCUGGAGCAGCGAGACGUGGAGGUGAAUGUGCGGGACAAGUGGGACAGCACCCCCUUGUACUACGCCUGCCUCUGUGGACGAGAGCUGGUGCUCUACCUGCUAGCCAACGGAGCCCGCUGCGAGGCCAACACCUUCGAUGGGGAGCGCUGUCUCUACGGGGCACAGAGUGAUGCCAUCCGCCGGGCCCUGCGUGACUACAAGCAGGUGACGGCCUCCUACCGGCAGCGGGACUGCUACUACCGCUUCCUGCUGCGCCUCCUGGAGCAGGGCAUCCACAGCGACGUGGUCUUCUUAGUGCACGGGAAGUCCUUCCGGGCACAUCGCUGCAUCCUGGGUGCUCGCAGCACCUACUUCGCGCACAUGCUCGACACCAAAUGGAAGGGCAAGAGUGUCGUGGUCCUCAGGCACCCUCUGAUCAACCCCGUGGCCUUUGGGGCCCUUCUGCAGUACCUGUACACAGGCUGCCUGGACGUCGGUGUGGAGCACGUUGGCGACUGUGAGCGUCUCGCCAAGCAGUGCCAGCUGUGGGACCUGCUCGGCGACCUGGAGGCCAAGUUGGCUUCCAAGCCAGGCACGUGUGUGAAGGUGCUGACCAUCGAGCCUCCCCAGGCAGACCCCCGGUUGCGGGAGGACCUGGCCCUGCUGGCCGACUGUGCCCUGCCCCCCGAGCUCCGGGGUGAUCUUGGGGAGCUGCCCUUCCCUUGCGACGGCUUCAGCAGCUGUCCUGAUGUCUGCUUCCGAGUGGACGGUUACAGCUUCCUCUGUCACAAGGCCUUCUUCUGUGGCCGCAGUGAUUACUUCCGGGCCCUGCUGGAUGACCACUUCCGAGAGAACGAGGAGCUGGAGGCCUCAGGCGGCCUCCUGGCCAUCACCCUGCACGACAUCUCACCCGACAUCUUCACCCAUGUGCUGUACUACAUCUAUGGCGACCACACCGAGCUGCCUCCCGAGUUGGCCUAUGACGUGCUGCGUGUGGCCGACAUGUACCUGUUGCCAGGCCUGAAGCAGCUGUGUGGCCGUGGCCUGGCCCAGCUGCUGGACGAGGACAGCGUGGUGGGCGUGUGGCGUGUGGCCAAGCUGUUUGGCCUGGCGCGCCUGGAGGACCAGUGCACAAAGUACAUGGCCAAGGUCCUCGAGAAGCUGGCGGGGCAGCAGGACUUCGUGGAGGCUGUGAGGGAGGAGGCCGCGGCCGUGACAGCCCGGCAGGAGACGGACUCCAUCCCGCUGGUGGACGACAUCCGCUUCCACGUGGGCAGCACGGUGCAGACGUGCAGCGCCAUGGCGCAGGCAGAGCGGCGGCUGCGGGUGCUGGAGGACCUGCUGGUGUCCAUCGGCCUGGACUGCUGACGGCUGCACGCGUGGUGGCUUGUGAGCCUGGGGCAUCGCCGUGCCGGCAGGGGCUCGGCUGCGCUCUCCUCCCCUCCGUGCCUGGGGACCCCGGGGAGGGUCACCUUGGGAUGAGGCCUCUCCCGCAGCACAACCAGCCCCAAGGCCCUGGGGCUGGGCACCACUCAGGGAAACCUGGCGGGCUGGUCUCUUAGGGCCCUCCCUCCCCCAUCCCACCUGCUCCUGGCCCCUCCUCGCAUGUUUUCCUGGGCCGAGCGGGGCAAUAAGCUUGAAUUCACCGUGGAGCCUGUGUCCCAGGGACAGGGUGGGGGGAGCUCGGGUCAGGGCCCCACGUCUGGGGGUCUGAGUAGUGCAGUCCCUCUGAUGACCAGACUCCCCUUGGGGACAGGGUUCCCCCUUGGUGGUCCUGGGGGUUUCGCGGGGCCAGAGGUGUUUGCCCUCAGAUGAGCUAAGGCGGGGCUUCUGAGCUCACUUACUGAGCAGCUGCUGCUCAGACCGCUGUGCGGCCUCAGUCCAGCCUGCAUCUUGGAGAGCGGGGCCCCAGCUAAGCGGACCCGGCCUGGCUCCCUCCACCCGCCUCAGCCACUGGCUGUGGUGCGUAUCAGUCCAGGGGGUGCUGAGGAUGGAAGCCACUGUUUUUCCCUCAGCUCAGGGCCUGCUUCUAAGUGAACACUGUUGAAUCAAAAAAAAUUUCCAUACAUUUUACUGGGAAAAAGUAUAUGCAUUCUAUUCCAUCGCAAGAUCCCGACAUUUUUUCACAUUGGGGAAAAAGAGACCAACCGUUAACAGAGUAAGCAAAACAGAAAAGAAGAACGGCUUGUAUAUAAAGUGGAGUGUAAGGGCGGAAGAGGGCCUGCCGGCGGGGCAGGGCCCACAGACAGACCAUGCUCUGCUGAGUCCUGGGGGACUGGAGCAAAAGACAACCAGGAAUCCUGUUUCGAAAUGUCAAUAUUUGGUUUAUCAUUAAUUUUGAUUUAAAAGUAAAGUAUUACAUUAAAAUAUUGAUUACUAAGAUUUUUGGUGCACCCUUAAGUUGUGUGCCUGAGGGGAGUGCCUCACUUGCCUCACCCUAGUCCUGGCCCUUACCCAAAGAUACAUUUUUUAACCCAUCCUAUAAUAUUCUUUCCACCUGCAAAAAAAAAAGGCAUGCAUAUAUGUUCGCUCCUCUACCUGGAAAACUCCUACAUAGCUUUCAGUGUCCGCCUCACUGCAGCAGAGGGAGGGGUGAGGGUGCCGUCACAAGUUAGUUAGGAGUGCUCUUGCCAGGGGCAGCCUUAAUUCCUGGAGCAUUCUGCUAGCAUAAAAGUUUCUCACUUUGGUAAAAGUCUGAAGCACAGCCUCAGGCAGGGACUUCCAAGGAAGGGGCCCUGGAGCCAGGAAGCUGCCCUCAGGCACUCCAGCCCCCCACCCCCCUGCCAGUGGCUUAGUUCUCGGAGUCCCAUCAGCACCCUGCACCUGGGUUGUCACCACCUUCACCUGGGAGGCAGCGGGUGUCUUGCACGUGGGCGGGGGACCUGGGCUGGAGCACGUCAGAGCCCCAGCAUCCUUAUCGGUCUAAAUGGGAGCAGCACUGCCAGCCACCACGCCUGGUGUGAGAGUCAGACGGGGUCCUGAGGGGGCCCAGAGGGGUGGGGCUCAGCCCACUGAACCUCAGCACAAACGAACUUUUUUCCUGGAAGAUGGAACACAAGCAAUUCCGGGCACACAGUGUAGCCCCUUCUUACCUGUGGAGUCUUGGAGACGGACACUCGUGUUCUCCUGAUUCCUCAGCCCUCAAGGUAGUUGUCACCCAGCCUCCAUAGUAGCUGCUGGGCGGUCUCCGGGUCCCCCUCCUGCCACCUCGGCCCCAGCUGGGGCCCUGCCUCACCUCCAACUCACUUUCACCCACCCUGUUGGCAUCUUCCAGGUGGAUACUGAGCCCAGGUCUCCCCUCCUGGAAAGCCUGAGGUGCAUGCCUGAUUCCUGGGCACAGCCUGCUGUCUCUCUGACCUCUGUGCCCUUCCUCUGCCGUGGGCACCUGGCUCAUUUCCCAGCUUCCCUGCAUUUAGCCGUGGCCACGCCACCGGGUCCUAGAUGUGAGCAGAAACGGCAGAUGAGGUCUCUGGUUUUCAUCCUUGAAGAGCUCAGCCUGCCCCUUUCCUUUCCUCCCUCCCAGUGGGCUGGGAUGAGGAUGCUGUGGCAGGAGCAGGAGCAGCCACCUUGGUCCAUGGGCUGCAAGCCACACACUCAAGACAGGGCAGGGAGUGGGCGAGCAGCAGCUGCUCCCACCCAGCCUCCAUCUGGUCACGGCCCUGUCCUCCACCCUAGGCUCCAGACACCCUCUGGCCAGGGCGGUUGGCUCCCCGCUGUGGCUGGUCCCAGCACUGCACCCCCACCGUGGGCUCCCCCCAUGCACCAUCCCGGGCGGGGUGCUGCUGCUGCUGGAGAUCUCCAUCCCUCAGAGUCCCAGUUCUGUGACCAACCUGUGCUCCCUUCCCAUCUACCCCGAGCCCCUCGGACAUGCCCCCUCCUGCUCACCUCCUGCUCUCCCCCGCUGGGCCGGCCUGGUGCUCCAUCGUCCCUCUUCCUGCCCCACCAAGAUGAGGCAAGCUGUGUCACCCCUUCCUGGAUCUGGGGGCAGCCCCAAGGCCAUGGGGCACCUGCCGUGUGAUGGCCCUCAGCAGGAGUCUGUGCUCCGUGGGUGCUCCCAGGAGGCAGCAACAGCCCAGAGAGGAGGACACUGCCCACGGUCAACCCCUUGAGGCUCGGGCUGUAGAAGGAGUGCGGGCCUCGGGGAGGGGGCCGUCCUUCAGGUCUGCAUGCCACCCAGGGGGGCCUCUGCACAGGGGACGGCCAGCUCUGGCCACCCCAUGGGACCUAUCCCAAAAUGAUCAAAAAUUUCAUCAGAAGUCACCUCAGGAGAGCAGCUCACCGCCUCUCACGAGUACACCAACAUCACAACCGCCUGUAGAACCACCAAACCCUACCAGAAAAGACCUUCUACGGCUAAAGACAUAAAGAAGGAACCACGACGAGACAGUAGGAGUCCCGUACCCCCAGGCGGGCGACCCACACA